CACUCAAGUGGCAGAUUAGAAAAUAAAUAAAAGCAAUAGAAAAAAUAAGUUCUGGAAAAACUUUUUGUUGGUGGUUGCUGAUUGAAUUGUAUUGAAGAGGGUAGAAAAAUAAAAGAAAGAAUAAAUAAAAAGUUACACGUAAACCUUCUUGGCAUUUGUUUAUCAAUUUAAAAUAGUUAAAGUUUUCAAAUUAAACACACUUUUUUUGCAAUAAAUUUGCAAACAAAAUGAGACGACUAGCAUUCCAAAAAAGUUUAAACUUUUCAGUAAUUUUUAUUUUGUGUGCUGUGACGGUCAUUUUCGCUGAUGACCCAUUAAAUCCUAAGGAACAAAAAGAAAAAUCUACCAAACUGCCGCCAUGUAAAGCAUGCACCACUUUGGUGGCUUCUUUUAAAUUGGGCUUAGAGAAGACUAGCCGUGGCAAACAUGCGGGUGGCGAUGCUGCUUGGGAAGAGGAAAAACUACGUUCGUACAAGACCAGUGAAGUGCGUUUAGUGGAGAUACAAGAGCAAUUGUGCCAAGAUGUUAGACGUGGUCAGGAUCAGUGUCAUACUUUGGCCAAUGAUCAGGAACAUUUGCUCGAAGAGUGGUUUACACACAAACAAACCGAAGAGGAAGAUUUGCACAAGUGGUUGUGUGUUGAACAAUUGAAGGCGUGUUGCCCUAGUGGCCAUUUUGGAUCAGAAUGUAAGCCCUGUACUGAUUGCCGUGGUAAUGGCAAAUGUAAGGGUGAUGGCACCCGCAAAGGCAAUGGCAAGUGUAAUUGUGACGAGGGCUAUGCCGGGGAGGAAUGUAAUGAAUGUUCUAAGGGUUUCUAUGAAGCCUUUAGAGAUGAGAAGAAACUAUUGUGUUCUGAGUGCCAUAAGGCAUGUCAAAAGGAUCAGGGCUGUAAGGGCGCGGGACCAAAGUCUUGUUUAAAAUGUAGUGAAGGUUGGCUUUGGGACGAAAAGAAUGGCUGUUUGGACAUAAACGAAUGUAUAGCCAAAACUAGAGCCUGCCGUCCCAAUCAAUUUUGUGUCAACAAUGAAGGAUCGCAUAGCUGUUUGGAGUGUGAUCGCUCUUGUGAAGGCUGUGAUGGUGAUGGUCCCGAUAUGUGUAAAAAAUGUGCUGCUGGUUAUAGUCUUAAAGAUGGAAAAUGUCAAGAUGAUUCUAAUGAAAAACGUGAUCAAUAUGUUAAUAUCACGCGUUUCCUAACAUAUUUUGGCUUGUGUGUAGCCACUUGUGUUAUCUUCCAAAGCUCCACACAUAUUGCUUAUAUUGUUGGUGCCGCUGUCGCCAUAUACAUUGCAGCUUCCGAAUAUUGGCUAAGCUCCACACCAGCUGGUGCCAAUAAGCCACAAAUUGAUACUAAACAAUUAGAGGAAAUGUUAAUGAAAUCAUUGUAAUUAUAGCAGCACAUAAUGCAAAUGAUUUUACUUUUUAGGAAAAUUUGUUACUCCCUCACAAGAUGAUGAAAAUACUAAUAUUAACAAUGAAGAGGAGGAGGAAUAUACACAAAUAGAACCUCCUCAUCUUAGAGAUGAAUUAUGAAUAAAUUGCACUAAUAUAAAGAAAAAUUCUUUCCUCCCCUAACCUACAAAAGACAAAACAAACUAAAUUGCCACUAAGUUAAUUUAAGCACAAACAAUGUUAACUAACUCUUAAGUUAUCAAGCAAACAUCAAAAAUAUUGAAAAAUGCCAAAUUAUUAAAGUUAAAACACCAGGUAUUUAUUUAUUAAGUUACUUUUUUUAACAAUAUUUUUCCAAAUAAAUAUUUAAGUUUAACACAAA